AACGGGUGACUUUUGUUUUGAGUUGUAAUGAAUAGACGAACACGCUUUUGGUGUCUAAUGUACUCUAUACACAGUAUUUGGCUACGGAAGCGGUUACUGGGAAAUACGUCUUGUGGACGGAGAUUGCUGUAGGAGAUAUAGAUUUUGAGAUGAUACAAACUUGGGCGCAGUUUGCAGUGGAAUUCUCGAAAAAGGCCCCUACGUACGUAAUGAAAGUGAGAAGGAUUAUCCCUCUUGCAGACAAGUCUAUUGUUGUUAUUAUCUCAGAUUAUUUCGAGUCAAUGACGGUUAAGGAUUAUCUGCUGAAGAAUUCCGACACUCUCCUCCUCGACAGCAAUCAGGAGAGCUAUACAAAGCUGGUGCGCAGACUGAUCUUCUAUAUGACGCAGUACAUUACGCUGCUGUCUACAAUCCAUCCCCCUAUGUACCUACCUAUGUGCUCUCUGAACAACAUUUAUGUUUCUGCAGAUCUUGAGAAAAUCAACCUGGCUUACAUUCCCUUGUUCCUGUACCAAAUCCAAUGUGUCGCAGAGAACCGUCACUAUUGCAUUCCUACCGAAGUGCUUGAAGGAAGCACCCCUUCCAUCUCCACCUCGAUGUAUUCGCUCGGAAUCUGCCUCCUUCAGCUCCUCACAAUCUCUCCAGAUCCCACUUCUCCCACGCUCGAAGCGUCUCUCUCUCAACUCCACGACCCUACAUUCCUCUCGAGGUACACAUCCGCCCUAAAGACCCCUCUCUAUCACGAUCUUUUGACAAGUCUGCUGGGUCCUGCUUCCAGUCGUCCGUUGUGCCAAGAAGUGCUUCAGCAAAUCCAGUGGAACGAGAGCGAAGAGACAUUCGAACGCUCCUACAAUUCCUACUUCACCGUGCGAAACCCUCCCUCCCGUCUGAACGUGAACGUUUCGAGCCCUCAUUUCUCUUCGACCAGCAUGGAGGUCGAGCCAAUCAGCUCGUCGUUCAACUCCCCGCAGCCUCUUCUUCAUCCUAAAUUUCAGCAACAGCAAGAACAGCAGCAAGAACAAUCUCAAUCUCAAUCUCAAUCUCAAUCUCAAUCUCAAUCUCAAUCUUUAUCUCAAUCUUUAUCUCAAUCGCAGCCCCAGGAUUCCGUCGAUCCGUCAGAGUCCACGGUUCCCAUCGAUUUCUACAGCCUGAAUUUGGUGUUUGUGCCGCAGGACGGGUCGAGCGAGUCGGAGCCGAAGAAUGAUGAUCGGUUGGAGCUAUUUAUCGUGUCCCGGAGGGAGAAUUGCUUCCAGUUGCGAGUGUAUCGGUACUUUCCCAGUGGCCUACGAAACUCGAUCGAGAUUCAGUUCCGGUAUGGGGAAGAGACGAUUAGUUCGGUGGUUUGCCAGCUCAUUAAACUUAAUUUCAUCCGGGAAGCUCUUUUGGAGCUGGCAACAGAGAACAUUCAGAUUUGGUUUGAUAACUUUAUUGAGGCGACUUUUGAUAAUAGCACACCUUGCAAAAAUCAAUGA